AACCAGGUGCCUUCCUCAGAUUACGACCGUCAGUCCCAGCAUACCAAUGAUUUUGAGAAAGGGGAGGGUGAGGUGGCGAGACGUGCGGUCCUCAUCCUUCCACCUGGAGAAACCUCGGGCUGAUAUCACAGCAGAACGUCGGUGGUUCACGCUGAAAAUGCAAAAUUCAACCGCCUCACCUGAAAGCAACACGACGUCACCUUCCAUCAUUACCAAAUCCAAAGAGCAAAUCCUCAUCCAAAGUUCUGGUGCUAUGAUCGCUGUCAUUGUCAUCGGUAUUAUUGUUCUACUCACCAUUCUUCUCUUCAUCUUGAAGACGUACAACAAGCGGACUCACCCAUCCCGACUCCUGGGGUCCAACGGGGGCUCCAAACCCCAAAAGAAGACAUCGCAACCUACGGUUCCAAUCAUUCCCAUGGGCCAAGUCGGCUCCGUGUCAGGCAACACCCCCUAUUCGAACUCUGACUCAUCAUCAUGGACCAGAACGGAAUUGAACUCUGCAGACCGCAUAGAAGAAAUGAGCACAGCUACAGCGGUUAGCGUCCAUGAUACUUCAGGGAAUACGUGACAUCCACUAAAAAUAUUGACUGACACACCUGCCUCUAUAGAUGGGAUCUUGUGGAAACAUGACCUUUUUAUGGUUAAUCUGAGACUAAAUGUGAACAAAAGACACUACAAGAGGAUGUGAAGUGAGGCGUUCUUUUGUCAAAGUAGUCAGUGUUUGUGUUUGCACUACCAUUCCACACUUUAUUUCUCACCUGUAUCUGUUUGCCCGCAUUUUUUUAUUUUGUAAAACAUACUGAUGUCAACCAAUUUUGCACUUAACAUUUCAUCCAUAAUUGUAGUGUUUGUUGUCUUUAGAUGAUAUUGGAAAUGAAUAAAACUGAAACUGGAUGUUCUGGCAUGGCUUGCUGUUUGAGCUGAUGAUGGAAAGAGUGUAUGUGUGAGUAAAUUGAGGUAAUAUUAAAUGAAUUUAUAUAA